UCCCUAAGAAGCCUCCGUGAGACUCCUAGGUUUAGGCCAUUGUAGUCGCUGCCAGAAAUAUCGAUGAGCCCUUACCCUCAAGUUUAGAAUGCAAAUUCUUACUGGGGCAAAUAAAAAGAGAGCUUUUCUCCCCCAGGGAUUAGUAGCACCCUCAUAUCCUCUGAUCCCAGCUGGCAAAGCACCACAAGGGACGUCUUAACUGCAGGAGUGGGCAGGGUGGAGGGUUCGGUGUUCCGCCCAUUGUGCCUGGCGCGUGAGGUGUUGGUGAAUCCGGGCCUGAGGAGUCCCAGCGCCAAGUGGGAGUCGAGCGGAGGCGGAGGAGAUGGCUUCCCAGCCGCCACCUCCCCCGAAACCCUGGGAGACCCGCCGAAUUCCGGGGGCUGGGCCGGGACCAGGACCCGGCCCCACUUUCCAAUCUGCUGAUUUGGGUCCUACUUUAUUGACAAGACCUGGACAACCAACACUUACCAGAGUGCCGCCACCUAUUCUUCCAAGGCCAUCACAGCAGACAGGAAGCAGCAGUGUGAACACUUUCAGACCUGCUUACAGUUCAUUUUCUUCUGGAUAUGGUGCCUAUGGAAAUUCAUUUUAUGGAAGCUAUAGCCCUUAUAGUUAUGGAUAUAACGGGUUGGGCUAUAACCGCCUCCGUGUAGAUGAUCUUCCACCCAGUAGAUUUGUUCAGCAAGCUGAAGAAAGCAGCAGAGGUGCAUUUCAGUCCAUUGAAAGUAUUGUGCAUGCAUUUGCCUCUGUCAGUAUGAUGAUGGAUGCUACCUUUUCAGCUGUCUAUAACAGUUUCAGGGCUGUAUUGGAUGUAGCAAAUCACUUUUCCCGAUUGAAAAUACACUUCACAAAGGUUUUUUCAGCUUUUGCAUUAGUUAGGACUAUAAGGUAUCUUUAUAGACGGUUACAGCGGAUGAUAGGUUUAAGAAGAGGCUCUGAGAAUGAGGACUUAUGGGCGGAAAGUGAAGGAACUGUGGCUUGCCUUGGUGCUGAGGACAGAGCAGCUAAUUCAGCAAAAUCUUGGCCAAUAUUCUUGUUCUUUGCUGUUAUCCUUGGUGGUCCUUACCUCAUCUGGAAACUGCUGUCUACCCACAGUGAUGAAGUAACAGACAACACCAACUGGGCAAGUGGUGAGGAUGACCAUGUAGUUGCUAGAGCAGAAUAUGAUUUUGCUGCUGCAUCUGAAGAAGAAAUUUCUUUCCGUGCUGGUGAUAUGCUGAAUUUAGCUCUCAAAGAACAGCAACCCAGAGUGCGUGGUUGGCUCCUGGCUAGCCUUGAUGGUCAAACAACAGGACUUAUACCUGCUAAUUAUGUCAAAAUUCUUGGUAAAAGAAGAGGUAGAAAAACAGUGGAAUCCAGUAAAAUUCCCAAGCAGCAACAGUCUUUUACCAACACAACACUAAUUAAAGGAGCCACGGCUGCUGAUUCUUUGGAUGAACAGGAAGCUGCCUUUGAAUCUGUUUUUGUUGAAACUAAUAAGCUUCCAGUUGCACCUGAUUCCACUGAGAAGAGUGGAGAUAAACAAGAUCUUUGAUAUCUUUCAUGUUUGCCUGCAGUUGAACUAUAGAGUACUUUUAAAAAAUUAUUUCUUACAAAGAAAUUAAUCUACAAUCCAAUGAAAACAUUUGUUAAUGGCUAUUCCAGGUGUUUUGCUGCUAGAAAUUAUUAAAGUUGUACACUAGUAUGUUGGUCUAGUGACCUGGUUACCUUUUACAAGUUAUUGGACCACAAGGAUGUUUGUUUCACCAGGAUUUUAAGAUUAAGAAGACUGCUGUCAUUUUCAUCUUAUUUAAAACUCUACGUUUAUUGAAGGAGUAAGAUUAAUGAACUGUAGAAUACAUUGUUUGCUACAGUAGGGAUUGUUAACGCUUUUUAAAGUUGUAGAUUAGUUGACUUGGAAUCCUCAGAAAUUGAAUGAUAACAUAAAUAUGAGAACAAGCAAAGAGGCUAAUUUUUUUUUACAACUUUAAACUUAAUAAAAUUUUUCUGAUCUGUGUUA